UAGCAUAAACAAUUCGACUGCACUGGAAGAAGUUGCUGUAAGAACGUGUGCAUGUGUUGUCCCGAGAACACCCUAAAAUCUGUUGAAUCACAUGUAAAUUGUUCGACGAUCAGAGGUCAAUUUGGCAGGAGGCGUUCUAUGAUCUGAGUGGAUGUUUGAACAACAGAUUCUAAUCGGGAGACGUGAAGUAAAUCAGUCAAAAUUCAGCCCCAAACGCAAGACGCCAGCUACUCGGAUUGGAUUUAUCAAUCCUACGUGAAGGAGAUGUCGAACCAGCACUCCGCCCAGGCGCUCAACUGGCGCAAGCUCUACCUGAGUCGAGCCAAGCUGAAGGCUUCCAGCAGAACGUCUGCGCUGCUGGCAGGUUUCGCCAUGGUUGCCAUGGUGGAAGUGCAGUUAUCAGAGAAUAAACAGAACAAUGCUUAUGACCCCCUCAUGAUAGCAUUUAGUAUUAACACAACGAUCCUGGUAGUUGUUCACAUGGCGGCGCUUCUCAUCAGUACCUGCAUUCUUCCGAACAUUGAAGCAGUCAGUAAUGUGCACAAUGUGAACGCAGUCCAGGAAUCCCCACACAACAGCCUUGCUUUUUACAUAGAAAUGUCAUGGAUCUUUUCCACAGUGUUGGGCAUCUUCCUCUUCCUUGUGGAGAUUAUCCUGCUUGCAUGGGUUAAGUUUGGCAUGGCUCAAUAUGACAGUGCAGCUAUUGCAGCCACUGUCAUCACAGCUCCUGUCCUGGUCAUUCUCGUCAUCUUUGCAUUCCAUUUUUACCGGAGGUUGGUAUCGCACAAGACCAAGAGCCAGACCAAAGGGCUGGAGGAGUUAGAGAGUAUGAACAAUCAGCUGGACAAUGGCCAAAUUCAGAUUGUGUGAAAUGGGAUUAGGAAUUUCACAAAGAUAGAUU